AUGGCAGAGUCGAAGGAAGUAGAUAGUGUGCCUUUCCAGAAUGAUGCUGAUAAUAAAGGUGUUCAAUCCUCAAAUAACGAAGAGGCUAGCCCGCCACCAACGCAAGUAAUACCAGAGGUUGAAAAGAAUACAACGGAGAUUGAAGAUAGGUUUCGCGCUAUGUUGGAACGACCGAAAAUGACCCCUGAAGAAAGAGAAAAAAAAAAGCAGGAGCUAAUUCGUAGACAAAAGGAGGCUCGUCAACAAGCUGUUGAAUUGACACCAAAAAGUACCGUUGUUGAAUCCAGAGAAGAUUUAAUAUCAAAGGCAGUCAAUUUUCUUUCCAGCCCUUCCGCUAUUAGUGCAGACGAAGAGAAGAAAAUUCAAUUUUUGCUAAACAAAGGAUUGACAAGGGAAGAAAUUGAUAUUGCCAAGGAACGAGCAGGCACAUUGAGUGCACCACCAGCAGUUCCUCCACGAACCUAUCCGCUACAUGUUCCCACAGUAAUGCAUGCUCCUCCGAUGACUGUAGCGAGAACACCAAUGUGGAAGAAACUUGCUUAUAUGUUACUUAUUACUGGUUCUUUUAGCGCCCUUAUGAUAAUAGCGAUCAAGAAAUUGCUUGGUCCAAUGGUGACCGCAGUCAUUUGUGCGAAACAGCAACUUUAUUCUCAUCAACUUUCUCUCCUUAGAAAGUUCAACGAAAAGCUAUCAUCAUUCGUGACAUUAUCAAAAAAGGAUUCUAUCGGGUCAUCGCGUUUAAAUAAGAUAAACGAGUUAGAUGACGACGAAGAUAACGACUUGACAACUUUAGAGAGUAAAGUGAACGAACCACCGUCUUUGUUAGCACCACUUUCAACAGAUUUGUCAAACUUAAGCGAACAAAUAUACUUGCACCAACAAAAUUUAUUAAAAAGUGAAGCAAUGGAGGAUUUGCAACAUUCGUUAACAUCAUUAACAACUUAUCUCUCGACAAACGUGUUUACAUUUACAAGCUUGUCGACUGCUAAUGAGGACGUGGAGCAAGUUAAAAAUGAGAUUAGAAGCAUAAAAGGAUCGUUGAUUGGGCGUAGCAAUUUUCCAAAAAUUCCAUUACUAACUCGUUCCGAAACUCAACCACCAUCCUCACCAACAUCUUUGUAUCCACCCAAAAGAUAUCAGCCAAUAUCGUAA